AGUGACAAGUGACACGCGCAGUGGUUCCACUGCGUUGUUUCUUUCGCCAAAAUGGGCGAUGUCUUUUGCCUCGUGAUAUUACAAAACGGUAACCGGCGAAAGCUGAAGCUGGCGACGGGAACCUACGCCGAGUUCCUGGAGAAACUGACGGCAAUCGUGGAUGUCGAUCUCGAAGACACGCUGAUCCAGAUGUUUGACUCUGACCUGGACGACUUUGUGGACCUUGUACCUGAAGACGAAAUUCCAAACAAAGCAAAGCUACGUGUCGUCUCGAGGAGUGCUUCAAUUCUGUGCACUGCGGCAAUGGCUACUGGUGGUCAGAAUGCCACACUCAAGUCUCCAAUAAAUCUUUGUGCAAUCCAGCCAGCUUCAGUCCAAGAACAAGGGGAAGUUUCGUUGCAAGCAUGUGACAUCGGAAUUCAAGAGGCCGGCAGCGAUACACUGGAGACGUCUCAAGCUGUGCUGACCGUGACGCGAAUUGAAGACACACCGUAUGCAGUUCUGUCCUACAGGCAAGUGAGCGGCAGUGACGAGAUGCAAGUUGAUGACACUGCCAUCAGUCACACGUCAAUGCACAACAGCGAUGACUCUCUCAAGUUCGUGCUGCCUCCAUCCUUCGGCGUCUGGUGCGACACAUUUUUGCAAAGCAAGCGGCCAGUCACUGCAAAAGUCAAGACGCACAUCAUCUCUGUUCUCUUCAAGGCUUGCUACGGAGUGACUCCAUAUCCAACACCGAGGCUGUACAACAAAGUACUUGACUCGCUGGUGGCAAAGUACCCACACGUGAUGGAAGGAAAGUACAACAGGGUGUCGGCUAGAAGGUCUUGCCUCCUAGCGGCUUCCUCGGCCCGCUGGAUUGCCCAGAGCUGA